AUGCCAAUUCACCCAAAUAUUAAAUAUUCCAAGUUUCCUCUACUUCAACUUCCUUCCAAGACUAUUCAAAAUGUUUUGAGUAUUUUGAGUCCAUUUGAAUUAAUAGAUGUUUCAAAAUCAAGUACGAGAGUGAAGAGAAUAGUCAAAGAGUUUACAAGGACUCAACGCAAAGGAUGUUACACACUUAGUGUAGUUGCUAAUAUCGUCGCUUCUGUUUUUAUUGAAAAAAAAGAUGGUAGACUAUAUGAACAAAAAUAUGACCCUAGAACAUACUACUCACCACAUGACAUGACGAUCUAUGGUGAUACCGAAAUCAAGAUUAGGAGUAUCUAUUCAAACGAUCCAGUGAAUGAAUGGAUUAUUUGUGCUGAGUAUUAUAUGGAUAUUCUAAACUGCCAAAUCAAUUUUUUCCGUGAACUGGCAGAUACGAAAAAAAUUUUCUUCGAUGUUAUUGUUCACGAGAAAUGUGAUGAACAGUUAAUAAUCACUUCUAAUAGUUUUCUUGUCGAGCACGCCGCCACAUGGGUUACCUUAAAUCAUCUUUUCAAUUUUGACUGUCUCGAAAUUGGAUUAAGAAGAUCAAAUUUGACAGCAAAAGAGUUGAAUAUAUUUCUCCGACAUUGGAUGUCAUCAUGUUCCAAUCGAAGACUUCAAUUAUUUGAGUUUCAAAUUCAAGACCUCAAUUGCAUUUCAACUAUCAUGAAUCUACCACACCGUACAAUUGGACCAAGAGAGUUUGAAAUAACUCGUAAUGAUGGGACAAGAGCCACGUGCACCUUCUAUAAACAUCCAAAAAAACUAAAUAUAUAUUUUUUUGAAAUGCAAACAACACUCCGCAGUUUUGUUUGGAAAACGAAUUGGUCUACUUCUUCAUAA